GCCUCCGCGUCCCGCGAGGGGGUCUCCGGGUGCCCCGCGGGGCGGGCUGGCCGGAGCGAGCACCGCCGGGCGGCCCACAGCAGGUUGCUGCGAUGGUGCAAUUAUACAAUCUGCACCCGUUCGGGUCGCAGCAGGUGGUGCCCUGCAAGUUGGAGCCUGAGCGCUUCUGCGGCGGGGGACGCGAUGCGCUGUUCGUGGCGGCCGGUUGCAAGGUGGAGGCGUUCGGAGUCGCCGGCCAGGAGCUGUGCCAGCCGAGGUGUGCCUUUUCCACGCUGGGCAGGGUGCUGCGCCUGGCCUACAGUGAGGCCGGAGACUAUUUGGUAGCAAUUGAAGAGAAAAACAAAGCUAUGUUUCUACGUGCUUAUGUGAACUGGAGAAGUAAAAGGACUGAAAACUCCCGAGUGUGUAUCCGAAUGGUCGGACAUGACGUGGAGGCACCCUUCAGUGAAACCUUCAGAGACCAGAUGUCUAUUGUGGAAAUGCCGCUUUCUGAGGCUCCCCUGUGCAUUUCCUGUUGCCCUGUGAAAGGAGACCUUCUUGUUGGCUGCACAAAUAAGUUAGUUUUAUUUAGUUUGAAGUAUCAGAUCAUUAAUGAAGAAUUCUCAAUAUUGGACUUUGAACGUUCUUUAAUUAUCCAUAUAGAUAAUAUCACCCCUGUUGAAAUUUCUUUUUGUAUUGGAUAUGUCGCUGUCAUGUCAGACUUAGAAGUUUUAAUCCUAAGACUGGAGUCAGACCCCAAAAAUGGAGAAAGUGUUAACCACCAUCCACGUAAGACCAACAAUCCAGUGAAACUGUCAGAAGACAUCAGUAAUGAAACUUUGCAGCUUGAGUCAGAUGAUUUUGUUAUCUGCCAAAAGCCCAUGGAACUUCUUGGUGAAAAAAGCGAACAGUCUGGAGUAUCUGUUACACUGGAGUCAACAGGAUUAGCUGAUGAAAAAGUAAAAUAUUUCCACGUUCAGCACCUGCUCUAUAGACGUUUUGCUCCUGAUAUUUCAUCCUAUGUCUUGUCGGAUGACAUCAAGUUGCAUUCACUUCAGUUGCUACCCAUUUACCAAACAGGGUCUCUUACUUCUGAGAGAAAAAAUUCAUCUCAGGAAAAAGAGUUGCUGAGCCUCUUUUGUUUUUUCUCAUUACCCCAUGUGGGCUAUCUGUACAUGGUUGUGAAAUCUGUUGAAUUAAUGUCAGUCUACCAGUAUCCUGAGAAGUCUCAGCAGGCGGUACUCACACCACAAUUUUUGCAUGUCAUCACAAGUAACAACCUGCAGUGUUACACGGUACGGUGCAGUGCGGCGGCCGCUCGGGAGGAGGACCCGUAUGUGGACACCACCCUGAAGGCUUGCCCACCUGUCAGUAUGGAUGUCUGUGCUUUAAGAAUACAGCUUUUCAUAGGCUUGAAAGCCAUCUGUCACUUUAAAAACCACGUUAUACUUCUGACCAAGGCAGACCCUGAAACAAUUCCAGAGAGAAGAGAGUCACCCAAGAGGCUUCUUUCUAGAAAAGGUACCAGUGUUAAUCUCAAAACACCUCCUGUAGCUGAGGCUGCGUGGAAUUUGUAUAUUGUGAAUACGAUCUCACCAGUGCAACUGUACAAAGAAAUGGUAGACUACAGUAACACCUACAAGACUGCAAAAACGCAGAGCUGCAUCCACCUUCUCAGCGAGGCUCACCUGUUAGUGAGAGCUGCCCUGAUGGAUGCCAGUCAGCUGGAACCUGGAGAAAAAGCAGAACUUUUAGAAGCAUUUAAAGAAAGCUGUGGGCACCUUGGAGACUGCUACAGCAGGCUUGACACCCAGUAUUCCCACCUCGCCUUGCCAUACUAUAAGAUGUCUGGUUUGUCUAUGGCUGAAGUUUUGGCCCGAGUAGACUGGGAAGUAGAGGAUGGAUCGCAGAAAUACGAGAGGGGAUUAAUCUUUUAUAUUAAUCAUUCACUUUAUGAAAACCUGGAUGAAGAAUUAAGUGAAGAAUUGGCUGCAAAAGUGGUUCAGAUGUUUUAUGUCGCUGAGCCGAAGCAACUGCCGCAUAUUCUCUGUAGUCCUUCUAUGAAGAAUAUUGAUCCUUUAACUGCCAUAAGCUAUUUAAGGAAGCUGGAUACUUCUGGGUUUUCAUCAGUCUUAGUGACAUUGACCAAGGCAGCAAUGGCUUUGAAAAUGAGAGAUCUUGACAUGCACAGAAAUGAAAUGAAAAGCCAUUCAGAGAUGAAGUUGGUAUGUGGCUUCAUUCUGGAACCUCGGCUAUUGAUUCAACAGAGGAAAGGACAGAUUGUUCCAACUGAAUUUGCAGUUCACUUGAAGGAGACUCAGCCUGGAUUGCUUGUGGCUUCAGUCCUUGGCUUACAGAAGAACAACAAAAUUGGAAUUGAAGAAGCAGAUUCCUUCUUUAAGGUGCUUUGUGGUAAAGAUGAAGAUAUGAUUCCUCAGCUCUUAGUAGACUUUUGGGAAGCUCAGCUGGUAGCAUGUCUCCCAGAUGUGGUACUUCAGGAACUCUUUUUCAAGCUCACAUCACAGUACAUCUGGAGAUUAUCUAAGAGGCAGCCACCUGACACCACACCAUUGAGAACAUCAGAGGACCUGAUAAACACCUGUAGUCAUUAUGGCUUAAUCAGUCCAUGGGUUAAUGUCUUAAUAUCAUCCGAAUCCUUGGCUGAUAAAAAUUAUAUGGAAGACCUUUCAAAAUUACAGUCUCUCAUAUGUGGUCCUUCAUUUGACAUAGCUUCCAUUAUUCCAUUCUUGGAGCCACUCUCAGAAGACACUGUUGCUGGCCUCAGUGUCCAUGUUCUGUGUCGUACGCGUUUGGAAGAGUAUGAGCGGUGCAUAGACAGGCUGUUAGAGAGAUGCCCGGAGGCAGUCAUCCCAUAUGCUAAUCAUGAACUGAAAGAAGAGAAUCGGACUUUGUGGUGGAAAAAACUGCUGCCUGAACUUUGUCAGAGAAUAAAAUGUGGUGGAGAGAAAUAUCAACUCUAUUUAUCAUCACUAAAAGAAACACUGUCAAUUGUUGCUGUGGAACUACAACUAAGGGAUUUCUUAAAUGUCCUCCCAGAAGAUGGCACUGCAGCAUUUUUCUUGCCAUAUCUUCUUUACUGCAGUCGAAAGAAAUCAUUGACUUGAAGGUAUCAUUUGAAAUAUACCACAAUGGCAUAUGAGACUGAAUUUUUCAAAACUGAAUGCCAGAUAAAAAAUAUAUAUAUAAAGGAUUUUUAUA